AUGAAGGAUGGGCUGCGAUAUGAAGGCUACCCUCAUACCCUCAAUGUCUUUGCGGUUUGCUUCAUGCCAGAAAGUAGUCAACCAAACUACCGAUACUUAAUGGAUAAUCUGUUUAAAUACAUUAUCGGCUCCCUAGAAUUAUUAAUAGCGGAGAGCUAUAUGAUUGUUUAUCUCAACGGGGCGACCACCCGGCGGAGAAUGCCCAGUUUAGGAUGGCUCAGGAAGUGUUACCAGCAAAUCGAUAGGAGGUUAAGGAAAAACCUGAAGUCCUUAAUAAUAGUCCAUCCUUCCUGGUUCAUCAGAACACUUCUGGCAAUCACAAAGCCGUUUAUUAGCUCAAAAUUCAGCCAAAAAAUCAGAUACGUCUUUACUUUGGCAGAGCUGGCAGAGCUCGUCCCCAUGGACAGCGUGAACAUCCCCGAAUGCAUAAAACAAAUUGAUCAAGAACUUAAUGGGAAACAGGAGCAGAAGUCUGAACAGUAAAAAAGAAA